AUGGCCGAAGCACACGGCGACGAGGAAACGCCGCUACUUCACCACCCCAAAUCCAACCGGAAAUCAACAGCAGCUUCCUUCCUUUCACGAUGGCGCACACACUUGAUGGCAGACGUCUCCCGAGACAGAGCAGAUCUUGUCAUUCUGUUCUGCUAUCUCAUAACGGGUCUGCUUGAUAGUGCCUCCAUCUCAGUCUGGGGUUCUUUUGUGUCUAUGCAAACAGGAAACACCGUCUACUUCGGCCUCGGCCUCGCCUCGCCAGCCGACUCAACCCGCUGGAUCAAAUCGGGCGUCUCCCUCGUCUCCUUCUGCCUCGGUUCCUUAGUCUUCAGCCGCUUCCAUCGCGUCUACUCCCCAACACGACGCUGGGUUUUGUGCGUCUCCUUCAUAAUCCAGAACAUCCUCACUGCGACGGCGGCAUGCCUGGUGACCAUCACCGGACCGCCGGCGGGCAAAGACGAGAUAGGAUGGCAGGUUCUGGUACCUAUCGCCCUGGUUGCGUUUCAGAGCUGCGGCCAGGCGGUCAUGAGCCGCGCGCUGAAGUACAACGCCCUGACCAGCGUGGUGUUGACGAGUAUCUACUGCGAUUUGUUCUCGGACGCGGAGCUGUUUGUGCUGCGUAAUGUUGAGAGGGACAGGCGGACAGCUGCGCCGCUGUUGCUGUUGAUGGGAGCGUUUGUGGGGUGCCGGUUCGCCCACAGCUCGCUUGGGGUCGCUGGUGCUUUGUGGACUGCCUCGGUUUUGAAGGCCGUUGUGGUGUUCAUGUGGCUGGUUUGGCCGGCUGGUCGGGACUUGGAAGAGAGAUGA